CCCAUAAAUCCAUCCACACACACCCGCCGACACGAAGCAACGAUCUUGUGAUCCAUAUAUCCAGCUUGAACAAGGCAAUCGAUUUGGGAUCGAUUGACGGCCACCUUGAAGACCGGGAGGAUCCGAUGGCCGAUUACGGCUACCCCGACGGCGGCGGCGAAGAGGAGCCACCGGCUCCUCCCGCCUACGGCUACCCCGACGACGACGGCGGCGGCGAGCGGCCGCCCUUCGUCCUCAUCGAUCCAGUCGCCUGCUUCGCCGACCGCAAGAACUCCACCACCGCCGUCAUCGAUAUGGAGGCCGGGGCCCCCAAUCUCAGGGGCCGACUCCAGGUCACCUUCUGCGCCGUCGCCCCGCCGCUCGUUUCCUACUUCUGCGUCCACGCCUCCCACAUGGACCACACCGAGUUCCCCGUCGAGCCCCGCAUCCUGGCCACUGAGACCGACGGCGGCCUCGUCCUCCUAUGCGUCGCCACCGCCGACCCCGACCAUCCGAUCCAGCAGUUGAGUCCCGAAAAUUGCCAAUACUUCGUCUACGACGCCCUCGCCCGCAAACUUCACCAACUCCCGCAACCCGGCUUCCAACACCGACUCAGCGAGCUCUCGCUCGCCAUCAUGCGCAAGCCCAACAAAAGCUCCAAAAACACCAGCAAGCACGUCAGUCUACGCCCCCAAGAGGCCGAGGCCGAGGCCGACUUCGUCGUUGCCGCACAAUCCUACAUUUUCUGGGGUAAAGAAUCUCCUCACCUCUGCAUCUAUGAUUCUGCUGUCAAGACCUGGAGCAACAAGCCGGUGGUGAUGGGUUCAUCAUAUCCAGAACACCACAUUCCCAAGCAAGACACUCACCAUGGGAGGAAGCAAUGGCACCGUGGCUUGGGUGGAUCUCUGGCGCAACAUCGUCUUCUGUGACGUUCUCGCCGAACGCCCCAAGCUUAGCUACCUGAAUCUGCCGUCCGAACCCGGCGAGGAGGAUAUCAAUCCAAGGUCUGUUCGCGACAUUGCGGUCUUUGGCAACACCAUCAAGUAUGUUGCUAUGCUUUUUCACCCCGUCGACACAAGCUCCUCUAAGGUACCCUCCCUUCGUUGGGUGGCCACAGCAUGGAGCAUCACGAAGGCCCGUCGCCAUCGGUCCUGGCCAAAGAAAUGGCACAUGGAACGCGAGCUCGAUUCCACCCAUAUAAAGGUUGAUGCGGCUGGUACCGUCGCUACCUUCCCUACCUUGUCGUCUCUUUGCGUUGGCCUCCCCACACUCAGCCUGCAGAAUGAUGCCAUUGUUUACUUCCUCGCCAAGAUUGACUUCAGCCCAAGGCAACACACAGCUUGGGUGCUUGCUGUUGACAUGAAGAACGAGACUGCUGAGCAAGUGGUGGAGUUCCCUGCUGAGAGGACUUAUUAUGUAGCCAAGGGCUACGACGCAAGUAGGUUCUCUGCAUAUCUCCAACCCGCGCCAGGUACACAGCAAAUGCCUAACGACCAGGGGUGCCGUUGAUGAAAUGCCCUAGCAAGAAGCAUGCUAAAGAUGUCGAAGAUCCUAAAGAAGACGCCGCCAUGAUGAUUGUUUCUUCAUGAUGUUGCAUGGAUGGAAGCUGUAUGACCUGCCAUUGGUGCCGGGUAUCAGUGGAGGGGGUAGUGGAUUAUCAUGUCUGCUGGUCUGCCCCUCCCUUUGCCUGUCUUUUAUUUAUUUUAGGAUUAUUAUGGCCCUCUAGACCCUGUUCUGGAGUUCCUUUCUUCAUUGUCUCACCGCCUACUCUACCUGGCUUGUCUAUUAUACAAGCUGUAUUAUUAAAAUCUGUAUGAACUAUAUGGUAUGUCAGUUGUAGUGCCCCCUUCUGUUUUCUGUUCCCCACGGUUGUCUUCCGUUAACAUCAUAACCUGCUGUUACCAUCAUACCUGUGGAGAGUUGGGUGAGUAUUGUUUCUGACAUGUGCUGUCAGUGACGCAACAUCUCCAUUUGGGUGGGUGGGGAAUUUAUUAACAUUUUGAGCUAUGUAGCAAGUGUUUAUUGUCAUGUCAGAUUUAUUUGUUUGUGCUUGCAACCUGUCAUUUUUCUGUCAGAAUUGGUUAGCUGCUUUCUUAUUUUCUUGGCGUGUGCUAGGAGUCAUCCUCUGUUUGUUCGUGCUUGCAAUUGCAAUGUUGUCUAUAAUAUCCUUGUUUUUUAUUUUAUUUUUAAAAGAAAGAGAAGCUAAACAGACAUGUUUGCAAUUGAUACUUACUGGUAACUCUUAUUUGUUUCUCCUGGAACCUGGAAGGACCCUCUUUUUUCCCCUCAGAAAAAAGAAGUAAAAUGACAUUCUUUUUUACUUUAAUGACCAUGCCACGGAGGGAGUACCUUUAAUGACCAUGCCACUUGAAUUGCACAAUUUCUCCAUACAAUGUUUUCUCCUUCCUAACAUAAGAAUUUUUCCGUAUGGCAUGUAACAGUCGAAUAGCAUGACUAAUAGGAAUUAUCUCUACUAUUAAAGGAGGAUCGAAUGUCGUGAUG